GAUCGGAGACGGAAGUGGCGUGAGGCGUUGUUGACGCUAGGGCUUUCCUCGGAAGACCAAUAGGACGCCAUUUUAUUUGAAAGUCAGAUCGAGCAUUAACGAUUGUAGCUAGUUGCUGAAUAGUCGUACCAAUUUUCAGGUAUGCUACACUAGAUCUUCAUGGACACAAUGGCGAGUCCAGGGAAAGACAACUACAGGAUGAAGAGCUAUAAAAACAAAGCGUUGAAUCCUCAGGAGAUGCGCCGAAGGAGAGAGGAGGAAGGAAUCCAGCUACGCAAACAGAAGAGAGAGGAGCAGCUGUUCAAGAGGAGAAAUGUAUUUGUCCCUUCAAAUGAUGAAUCAGUGCUGGAAUGCCCCAUCCAGGACCCAGACAUCAGCUCCACAGUACCUGCUGCAGGUGAUGGGGUCAUAACUUUAGAGAUGACCCAGAUGAUCUUUUCUCAAGACCCAGACCAUCAGCUGAUUGCUACACAGAAAUUUAGGAAAUUACUCUCCAAAGAGCCAAACCCACCCAUAGAUGAGGUCAUUUCCACUCCUGGUGUUGUUAAUCGUUUUGUGGAGUUCCUGAAGAGGAAUGAAAACUGUUCACUGCAGUUUGAGGCCGCCUGGGCACUAACCAACAUCGCCUCAGGUACCUUCCUGCACACCAAGGUGGUAAUUGAAACAGGAGCUGUUCCCAUUUUCAUUGAGCUGCUGAACUCUGAGUAUGAGGAUGUCCAGGAGCAGGCAGUGUGGGCUUUGGGGAACAUAGCAGGGGAUAAUGCUGAGUGCAGAGACUAUGUGCUCAACUGUGGCAUCCUGCCAUCUCUACAACAGUUACUUGCUAAGUCCAGCCGCCUCACAACAACCCGCAAUGCAGUAUGGGCUCUGUCCAACCUCUGCCGAGGGAAGAACCCACCACCUGAUUUUUCCAAGGUUUCUCCUUGUCUCAGCGUGCUGUCCAGGCUUCUGUUCAGCAGUGAUCCCGAUGCUCUGGCAGAUGCCUGCUGGGCUCUGUCCUACCUUUCUGAUGGCCCCAAUGAGAAGAUCCAGACGGUUAUUGACUCUGGUGUCUGCCGCAGACUAGUGGAGCUGCUCAUGCACAGUGACUAUAAAGUUGUUUCUCCUGCUUUACGCGCAGUGGGCAACAUUGUAACAGGAGAUGACAUCCAGACUCAGGUAAUCUUGAACUGUUCAGCUCUACCAUGUUUACUCCACCUCCUCAGCAGUCCGAAAGAGUCCAUCAAGAAAGAGGCAUGCUGGACUGUGUCCAACAUCACAGCAGGAAACAGAGCUCAAAUUCAGAAUGUGAUUGAUGCCAACAUCUUCCCAGUUCUUAUUGAGAUUCUUCAGAAGGCCGAGUUCCGUACGAGAAAGGAGGCAGCGUGGGCUAUUACUAAUGCCACCUCUGGGGGCACUCCUGCACAGAUAAGGUAUCUGGUGUCUCUGAAUACCAUCAAACCCAUGUGUGAUCUGCUGACAGUGAUGGACUCAAAGAUUGUGCAGGUGUCUUUGAAUGGUCUGGAGAACAUUCUCAGACUGGGAGAACAGGAAGCCAAACAGAACGGAACAGGCAUUAACCCAUACUGUGCCCUCAUUGAAGAGGCUUACGGCCUGGACAAGAUUGAGUUCCUGCAGAGCCACGAGAACCAGGAGAUCUACCAGAAGGCCUUUGAUCUGAUCGAACACUACUUUGGUGUAGAGGAGGAGGAUCCCAGCUUGGCUCCACAGGUGGACCAGAGUCAAGGCCAGUUCAUCUUCCAGCAACAGGAAGGACCCAUGGAGGGUUUCCAGCUUUAACCCCACCCCUGAUCUGUAACCCUCUGGCAGAGACAGCAGCCUUCUGGCCUGUGAACUCUUCUGGGACCUAACCUCAUGUCUCCUAGGCCAGCUCCACUAGCUUCUUUCAGUUUCUACAGUGUGCUCUGAACAGCAUCUACUCUGGAGAGAGAUGGACAGAGAUAUGUGAACAUGGAGAGGAUAAGUAAGAACACAUUUGAGACUAUGGGAACCUGAAGGGCUCAGUUUUCAUCCUAAUGUUUCUUAAUGAAUGAAUUCUUUUUUUCUUAAGUAAUGCAGUAUGAUAUUCUUUCCUACAUUUUUUAUCAUUCUCAUUGAUUUUAAUAAUAUUUUUGUUACAAUUGGAAACUCAGCAUCAGUAUCCCAUUUUCAAUGUGGAACUACCUCUUCAGUUUUCAGAAAGAAACUCAAUGAAAGUAAGUUAGGAAAGAAAAGCCCUGAAUGAACAAAGGAAGCAUCAGACUGAUUAUUUUCUUUUGUUAUGGCUAGAAUCCAAUUUUGAAUCAAAUCCUUGGUUUUCAGACCUGGGAUGCAGUGACUGAUCUGUCAGAAGGCAGAUAGUGGAUUUGUACAUCCUGGAGUUGCCAUGCUUAAUGUCUGAAGCAGCUGUGCAUGCUUCUCUGGGCUCUUUGUCUUUCGUCUCGAACACCUGGAGACUCUGGUUCUUUUAAUUUUUUUGUCUUGUGAGGGCUGUGGCAGAGAUCCUCUUUCUCUUCUCCUCUCCUCCCUCAGCCCUGAUUGAAGAACACUGCUUCCUGGAUUAUGUAACUGGCCAACUGGCCCAAAUUAGUUUGAAAUUUGUCUUUGCUGCUUAUUUUAAAUGUUUUGCAUUUCAGCAUUAUCAGGGCAAGGCAGGUGCUGUCUAUGCCACAUGGUGUACUGUCUGCAACAAUCUUGCUAGUUAAUUGAGAUUUUUGUUCUGUUCACUCUGAACUAGCAAAUUAUAUCUUAAAUUAUUUUUUUUCUGCCUGCAAUCAUUUUCUUGAUGUGAUAGUUUUAGUCAACUGCAGUUGGGAUUUGUAUAUUAUAUAUACAUUUAAGAAAGUAUUUUAAGGUAUUUAAGUGGCUGUGGGACAGUGUGAUAUUCAGUGAUAGUUUGGGACUGAUAUGCAGUUGUAGUAUUUCCAGUCCAUCACUACUUCUCCUUUAUUCAACCUGGACAAUUUGCUUUUAUUUGGAGGACAUUUGAUUUUUUUUUUUUAUGAUUUGAUUCAUUUUUAACCCUAUGCUACCCCUGACCCAUGAAAAGACAGUAAUUGGUGGAGAACCAAACCUGAAAUCAAUCAAUAUUAACGUGAAAUCAACAGUAUUUGUAAUGCUGAAAUUACAUGAAGCACAGUCAGUCAUGUGUACUCUCUAUAUUUCUGUUUUGUAUAAUUUUGUGUCAUUUUUUAGGUUUUAGGUUUUUGUUUUAUCCUGUUUUAGGAAUGACAUUGCUGUGUUCAUGUGGCUCUCAGUAAACUGCGAGUUAGAACUCCAACAGCUUGUGAACAAGAGUGAAUCACUGUAUGAAGCCAUAGUCAAGUUACUCUCACUGACUGAGUGACAGGUCAGGCUCUCUGGAAUGAUACCUGACUCUUCUUUGUAGGGAUGUGCACUUUUAUUGUGUGACUGUAAUUAAUAAAUUUAUCUUUUGGAUCAAACCAUA